AUGAAGCGACUACUAAUCCCCACUAGACUAAGACUGGAUUGGCUGAGACGGAACUCGAUUGACAUGCAAGCGGCUGCUCCUCCUCAUGUUCCUGUGCUCUGCGAUACCGCCAUUGAUUACCUGCAACCCGUUCCUGGUGGCAUCUAUUUUGACAUGACCUUCGGAGCUGGCGGCCACACACGCCGUAUACUGGAAAAGUGUCCCGAGGCAAAGGUCUAUGCCUUGGAUCGAGAUCCCGUGGCUCACAAAUUGGCUCGUGAGUUGAGCGAAACGGAGGAGUACAAAGGCAGGCUGGUUCCUCUCCUCGGAAAAUUCUCCGACAUCCCAAAACUUUUCAAAGAACACGGACUAACAAAGAACUCAUUGGAUGGGAUGCUCUUCGAUUUCGGCUGCAGUUCCAUGCAAUUUGACGAGGCAGUCAGGGGAUUCUCUAUCUCCAGGGACGGACCACUGGACAUGCGCAUGGAUGGUGGUCAGAGCGGAGGAGUCACAGCUGCCGAGGUGCUAGCCCACAUCGAAGAAGGAGAUCUUGCGAAGAUUCUGCGAACAUACGGCGAGGAAAAAGCAGCCAAAAAGAUAGCCAGAGGACUGAUAGACGCACGAAAGGCUCUCCUUAAAAUCGAGACCACCAGGCAGCUGGCGGAUAUCGUGGAAAAUAUCAUGGAUGGCGGAGCCAGAAGAGAUAAGCUCCGAAGACACGCGCACGCGGCAACCAAGACCUUCCAAGCCAUUCGCAUAUUUGUGAAUAACGAGUUGAAUGAAAUCAACUACGGCAUGGUUUUGGCCAACGAAAUCCUUCGUUCAGAUGGCCGCUUGGUUACCAUCACCUUUCACUCCUUGGAAGACACCAUCGUAAAGCGUCACAUCAAUGGAAAUGUAUUGGCAGGAGCCGCCAAUGCCCUUCCCCUCAAGUAUUCCAGCUACUACACCAUUGACGAACCGGAGAUGUUGGAAUCGCUGACCAAGAAGAACUGGCGGCAACUCCAUCGCCAUGUCAUCGUGCCAGAUUCCGAGGAAGUGGCCCGGAACACACGCAGUCGAUCCGCCAAACUGAGAGCAGCCGUCAAAAUAAACUAAACGCAUGUCAAUAAAUUCUCUCGGUCUAGUCCAAAA